CCACUUUUCCUCAGAGUGGGAUCAGUCUUGCGGACAAGCUGCCACAGUGAGGACUUAUCUUUAGGUUCUUUAUUAUUUUUCUUUUACGUACUUUUUUUUACGUGAACAUCUCCAAGGUUUAAUCACAUUUUAAUUCUUUUUUUUUUGUUGCUAUUUGUCAUUUUUCGUCACCGAUUGGCGAUCUUGAUGUAAAGAUCUGUAGCAUCGUACUCGCCGACUCAUUUAAGGGUUUCGACCAUGUUGCGCUGUGUUGUUCAGCGGGCCAACAACCUGAGGCACUCGGACCCCUUGGCCAGUGUCACCUUUCGAGGGUCUAAGAAGAAGACCAAGGUCAUCAAGAACAACCCCAAUCCCGUUUGGAACGAGGGCUUUGAAUGGGAUCUUAAGGGAGUUCCUUUGGACCCGGGAGCUGAGCUUCACUGUGUCGUUAAGGACCAUGAGAAGAUGGGGAGGAACAGGUUUCUGGGUGAAAGUCGGCUCGCCCUCAGAGACGUGCUCAGUUCUCCCAACUUUGCCGCCUCCUUCACUGUCUCUUUGCUGGACACCAAGAGGAACAACACAGGGGCUACACUCACCUUGCAGAUUUCCUACAUCCCUCCCCCAGGAUCAGCUCCCAUCUUCCAGUCCCUGUCGCUGCCUGAGCCCCUGCCUCACACCAACCCCAAUGUGGAAAUGGACACUGUCACAAUGAUCUCCCUGGACACACUGGGCGAGGAGGACACAGAGAGCAUGAUCAUGCUGGAGGUCCCGGAGGAGCAGGGUGCGGACGACGGGCGCUCUAUGGUCGUGGUCGGCCCCCAGGGGCCUCAGGGACAGGAUUCGCCCGCCGCCCAGACCCCCAAACGCUCACCGCCGUCUUACAACACUCACGGAGGGCUAAAGAAGAGGCGUAGGGGUGCCAGUAGUCGUCCCAAAGCACUGGCUAACAAGCCUCAGGACAUUCAGGUUCGCAUGCGAGUCAUCCAGGCUCGACAGCUGCCGGGCGUCAACAUCAACCCUGUCGUCAAAGUUUCGGUAGCAGGGCAGAGCAGGAGGACGCGCAUCCGCAAAGGCAACAACCCCACUUUUGACGAGACUUUUUUCUUGAACUUCUUCGAAACGCCGUCCGACUUGUUUGACGAACCCAUCUUCAUCACGGUGUGCGACUCGCGCUCACUCAGAACCGACGCCGUCAUCGGAGAAUUCAAGCUGGACGUGGGCGCAAUCUACAGCGAGCAUCGACACUGCUACUUAAGGAAGUGGUUGCUCCUUUGUGACUCCGACGACCUGUCUGCUGGGGUUCGAGGUUACCUCAAAGUCAGCCUGUGGGUGUUGGCCGCCGGAGACGAGCCGCCGGCAGAUAAGCGCGAGUGCGUGGAGGACAAGGAGGACAUCGAGGGGAACCUUCUGAGACCCGCCGGCUUGUCCCUCAGAGGCGCAGCGUUCACUUUAAGGGUCUUCAGGGCCGAGGACCUUCCUCAGAUGGACGACGCCUUCAUGGAUGGAGUGAAGCAGAUUUUUGGAUUCGACAGCAACAGGAAGAACUUGGUGGAUCCUCUGGUGGAGAUCCAUUUUGCCGGCAAAACAGUCUGCACAAAGGUUCUGGAGAAGAAUGCCAAUCCGCAGUGGCACCAGAGUCUCACGAUGCCAAUUCGGUUUCCGUCCAUGUGUGAGAAGAUGAGGAUUCGACUUCUUGACUGGGACCGAGCCAGUCAUAACGAUGUCAUCGGCACCGCCCACCUCUGCAUGUCCAAGAUUUCCGCACCUGGAGGCGAGAUUGAGGACGACUUGACCCCGCGGGGCUUCCCCUCUGGCAUGGACGACACGCUGGGAUUCCUUCCCACAUUCGGUCCCUGUUUUGUCAACUUUUACGGCAGUCCCAGAGAGUUCAGCACCUUCAAUGACCCCCAUGAAGCCCUGAACCUUGGAAAAGGGGAGGGCGUGGCCUAUCGAGGUCGAAUCUUGGUGGAGCUGACCACAAAGCUGGUGGACAAACCGGAGGCCAAAAAUGAAGACAUCCCGUCCGAUGAUCUGCUCGUGGUUGAGAAGUUCCUCAGGAAGAGGAAGUUCUCCCUCUUUGUGGCGUUCUACUCUGCCACGCAUCUCCAGGACGUUGACGACGCAAUCCAGUUUGAGGUCAGCAUCGGCAACUACGGCAACAAGUUUGACUACAGCUGCCUGCCGCUGGCCUCCACCACGCAGUUCAGCAGAGCCGUGUUUGACGGUUGUCACUACUAUUACCUCCCGUGGGGGAACGUGAAGCCGGUGGUUGUUCUGUCGUCGGCGUGGGAAGAUAUCGCUCCGAGGAUCGAGGCUCUCAAUAUGCUUUUGGCCGCGCUGGACCGAUUGGAGGCCAACUUGCAGCGGGUGCAGCUGGAAAUAAAGGCGGGAAGCGAUAUGGACGAGCUGGAGCUCCGAGUGGUGGAGAUGUUGGAUCAGGUCAUCAUCGACUGCAGUCAGGAGCUGCCUUCUAUUGAACGGUGGCCGUGCGCGACCCCGCUGGACCGCUCGCUCCGACACAUCCGCUCUCUGCACCUGCAGCAGAUCAUGGCGGCGGCGCUGGCACUCAAACACGGACCUGCCACGGAACUUUCCAUCGUCAUGGAGCAGGCAGAGGACUGGGCCAGCCGGCUCAGGGAAUUGGCCGAAGAGCCCCAGAACAGCCUUCCCGACAUCGUGAUCUGGAUGCUGCAGGGUGAACGGAGGGUGGCGUACCAUCGCAUUCCAGCACACACCGUUCUCUACUCUGAGCGUCACGGUGGCAAACACUGCGGACAGCUGCAGACCAUCUUCCUCAAAUAUCCACAAGGUGGCGAUGGAGAGGCCAAACUUCCCGGUCAGCUCAGGAUCAAAGUUUGGUUCGGACUGGCCGCCGACGACAAACACUUCAACGUGUACACUGAAGGAAAGCUGUCCGUCUUUGCAGAAACGUAUGAAAAUCAGACUCGGCUCGCCCUAGUGGGCAGCUGGGGGACGACGGGUCUUACUUGCCCCAAGUUCAGUGACGUGACAGGAAGGGUAAAACUGCCCAAGGAGAGUUUCAAACCCUCGCCCGGCUGGACCUGGGCGGGGGACUGGUACAUAAGCCCCGAGAGGACACUGCUGAUUGAUGCGGAUGCCGGUCACAUGACCUACACGGAGGAAGUCUUUGAAAACCAAAUGAGGUUACCUGGUGGCCAGUGGAUUGGGAUGAAUGAAGGCUACACCGACGUGAAUGGCGAGAAGGCCAUGCCUAAAGACGAUGUGGAGUGUCCUCCGGGUUGGGUGUGGGAGGAGCCAGAGUGGAGUGAGGACCUCAACAGAGGCGUGGACGAUCACGGUUGGGAGUACGGCAUCACCAUCCCACCAGAUCGCCGGCCCAAGUCGUGGGUCCCCGCCGAGAAGAUGUACCACACCAACCGGCGAAGGCGGUGGAUGCGCAUGAGAAGGCGGGACCAGCAGAAGAUGGAUGCGCUCAGAAAGCAGCGUCCGGACGAGGCGAUGUGGGAAGGCUGGGAGUACACCUCGCUAUUCGGCUGGAGGUUCCACCUAAAGCCGAGGAAGACGGACAGCUUCCGCAGGCGCAGGUGGAGAUGCCGCAUGGAGCCCCUGGAAAAGACGGGCCCGGCGGCCAUCUUUGCUCUGGAGUGUUCCCUGAGCAGCAUCGAAGACAAACACGACGACAAGUCCGUCACCACCACCUUUGGAGUCAACAGACCCACCAUUUCCUGCUUCUUUGACCGGGGCACCCGCUACCACUUGCGCUGCUACUUGUAUCAAGCCAGGGACCUGAUGGCUAUGGACAAGGACAGCUUUUCUGACCCCUACGCCAUCGUGUCUUUCCUCCAUCAGUCCCAGAAGACGGUAACUGUGCGAAACACCCUCAAUCCCACCUGGGAUCAGACGCUCAUCUUCUACGACGUGGAGAUUUUCGGGGACCCCGAAGCCACCGUGGCCAGCCCCCCGCACGUGGUGGUGGAACUUUACGACCAGGACACAUACGGAGCGGACGAGUUCAUGGGUCGCUGCGUGUGCUCGCCCUCGCUGAGCCGCUCGCCCAGCCUGGCCUGGUUCCCCAUCCGCCUCGCCGACAGAGACGCCGGUGAACUGCUGGCAGCUUUUGAGCUCAUACGCCGGGAGAAGCCAGCAGUUCAUCACGUUCCGGGACUCGAGGCCGACAUCGGGGCUUCCAGCCAUGUUCUGGAUGAGUUGAUGUUCCCGGGAUUCCUCUGUGACAGCGCGCAGGCAUGGCCGGAAGAAUCGGACCUUCCAUGCCUACCCCCUCAGAGGGAGCCCAAUGUCUUCGUGGUGCCUCAGGGGAUCAAACCUGUUCUGCAGAGAACCGCCAUCGAGGUGUUGGCAUGGGGUGUCCGCAACCUGAAGAGCUUCCAGUUGGCCAGCGUUACCUCUCCCAGUCUGCAGGUGGAGUGCGGCGGCACCACCGUCCAAAGCUGCGUCAUCCGCAGCGUGAAGAAGAAGGCCAACUUUGACGUCAACACCCUCUUUCUCGACGUGAGGCUCCCCCUGGAGGAGCUCUACAUGCCCCCCAUCGUCAUCAAGGUCAUCGACAACCGUCAGUUUGGCAGGAAGCCCGUGGUGGGACAGUGCACCAUCCGCUCCUUGGAGGAGUACCGCUGCUCUCCCGGGGAGGAGGACGAGGAGGCGGGGCAGACGGACCAGUCGGAGGCGGACGAAAGCCAAGGUCUGAUCCCCCGCGUGGUCAGCGGCGACGUCUUCAUCACCGUGGAUGACGAGGAGCCGCUCAUCCCGCAUCAGGAAGAAGAGUUGAUGGACUGGUGGAGCAAGUUUUAUGCCUCCACAGGAGAGACAAACAAGUGCGGAACGUAUCUGGAGCAAGGCUCGGACACCUUGCAGGUUUACGACAGAGAGUUGGAGAAGGUCGAGGCCUUCGGGGGGCUGUCGGAUUUCUGUCAAACCUUCAAGCUACGCCGAGGGAAGACGCAGGGGGAAGGUGAGGAUCCUUCGGUGGUGGGCCAAUUCAAGGGUAUGUUUAAGAUCUACGCCUUGCCGGAUGACCCUUUGGCCCCACCGCCUCCACGAAAGUUCAGGAAGCUUCCUCCCAACGGCGUGGAGGAUUGUUUGGUCCGAGUUUACGUCAUCCAGGCUCGAGGACUUCAACCGAAAGAUGCCAACGGCAAGUGUGACCCCUACGUGAAGAUCACACUCGGAAAGAAGACCGUCAAUGAUUAUGAAAAUUACAUCCCUUGCACUUUGGAGCCUGUUUUUGGAAAGAUGUUCGAGCUGAGCUGCUCGCUCCCCCAGGACAAGGACCUGCACGUGACGCUGUACGACCACGACGUGCUGACCAAAGACGAGAAGAUCGGCGAGACGGUCAUCGACUUGGAGAACCGCUUCCUGUCUAAAUACGGAGCCGGCUGCGGUCUGCCGCAGUCGUACUGCCUCUCGGGUGUGAACCGAUGGCGGGACCAGCUCACCCCCAGACAGCUGCUGUCCGGCUUGUGCGAGCGGCGGAACCUACGGAAGCCCAUCUACCACAGGGACACGGUUCUCUUCAGAGGGGUGCAGUACACCAAAGCUGAUCUCGCGGACGGACACAAGUGCCAACGCCAUCCGGGGCCCAUCGAGGAACGUCUCUCGCUGCAUAUUCUGAGGCAAAUGGGUCUGGUGCCGGAACACGUCGAGACCCGGGCGCUGUACAACCCCCUGCAACCCGACAUCGAGCAGGGACGUCUGAUGGUGUGGGUGGACCUGUUCCCCAAGUCUCUGGGACCUCCUGGACCUCCUUUCAAUAUCACACCACGCAAGGCCAAGAAGUUCUUGCUACGCUGCAUCAUCUGGAACACCAGCGAUGUCAUCCUCGACGACGUCAGUAUCAGCGGGGAGAAAAUGAGCGACAUCUACGUGAAGGGCUGGCUCGACGGCCACGAGCACAACAAACAAAAGACGGACGUCCACUACCGCUCGCUGGACGGGGAAGCCAACUUCAACUACCGAUUCGUUUUCCCUUUCCUCUACUUACCCGCCGAGCAGCUGUGCGUGGUGGACAAAAAGGAACAUUUCUGGAAUCUGGACAAAAGUGAAAGUAAACUUGCUCCCAGAUUCACCAUUCAAGUGUGGGACAAUGACAAGUUCUCCUUCGACGACUACCUUGGUCACUUAGUGAUGGACCUGAACCGCAUGAUACGUCCCGCCAAGUCGCCGGAGAAGUGCGACCUGCAUCUGCUGGAGCAGCCGGCCGAUCCGCGGGUGUCUCUCUUUGAGCAGAAAACCGUCAAGGGCUGGUGGCCCUGCGUCCGUGAGCAGGAUGGACAAAAACUCCUUGCUGGCAAGGUGGAGAUGUCCCUGGAGAUCGUGACAGAGCAAGAAGAAGAAGAGAGGCCGGCCGGGCUCGGCCGAGACGAGCCCAACGUCAACCCCCACCUGGAGGAACCUCGGCGUCCCGAGACCUCCUUCCUGUGGUUCUCGUCCCCCUACAAGACGAUCCGGUUCAUCCUGUGGAGACGAUACAAAUGGUUCAUUAUCUGCUUCCUCAUCCUCUUCCUCAUCUUCCUCUUCGUUUGCGUCUUCCUCUACUCCUUCCCGAACUACGCCGCCAUGCGGAUGGUGGGCCCGUUUGGACCGGCCCGGGUUGCCGAGUGACCCCGGCGAGAAUUCUCCCCAUCAGAAGCGAGGCGGGCGGAGGAAGAGCAGCCAGCAGAUGCUGAACGGCUGCCACCGAAUGGGAGAUGGAUUCUGAUGUUGCGAACGCCCGCUGUGACGCCUCCGACUCGUUUCGCCGCGGCGAGGAGGAAACGCUCCAAACGGGCUCGUUAUUCUCUUUGAACGCCCGUCGCGAGCGCCGCUGCGUUCGUGCCGAAUUUCCAGAUCCUCGUUUCCUCCUCCUCUUGCCCUCUGAUGCUUCUUUUUCUCAUCUUCAUCGCUUCCGUCGGCAUCAUCAUCAUCAUCAUCAGCAGCUAAGGUGGAUCGAGCCACCGAUGGAAAAGUUAGUCUGCGAACUCGACCCGAGUGGAAAAGUUGACUUUGUCAGCCCGCCGGCAAAGAGCGAGCGAGCGAGCCUUGUAAACAAAAGUCCCAUUGAGUGCUCAAACAUUGGAAAGACUUUUGGUACCGUGCCGACGUGCCAGGCCCAAACCCGGUGUCGCUUGUCAGUUCUUCCUCUGCCUUUCACUCGCUCCGUUGCACUCAUUUAUGCAAACUUAUCUCACGUGCCUUGAGGCUUCUUGAAGCUACCGCUCACAAAAACCAAAAUGGCAAAUUGAGCUGUAAUGUGCAUUUAAUUUGACAUGUCAAACUAGUCGGAUUAAGUUCACCUGCGUAGAUGAUUUUAGAUGCAUGCAGCCAGGUAUCCUGAACUUUUUGUGCAGUUUGUCUCCAUCUUUUUGUUUUAGCUGUAUUAUCAAUAAAAGGUUGACUCGA